CAGCAUCCAAUGUCGAAAACUUAGAGCUAUUUAUUUUGGGGAUUUAUUUACCGCUACACCCGUUAAGCGAAAGCUUCUUCUAUUCCGUCCACAACCAUUUGAACCAUCUGAACAGUUUAAGAACAAUUUCAAAAAACUCGCAACAGGCGCCGAUAAUCACUGGGUUAAUUUCCUCUUCGUUGGCCUAAACAAUGUCCAUUUUUGACCAAUUUCGAGAUAUUGAACCUGAUCGCAUCCGCAAUAGCAUAGUAUCAAUUAUUGCAGGAUUUUUAUUUGCAUUAGGCUGGUGGAUAGCAAUUGACGCAGCUGUACUUUUCGCUGAAAACAAUUCUUUACCUAAUGCAUAUCAUACAGCUGGAGUAUUCAGCACCAUUGCUUUCAUAUUAAUUAACAGUGUUCCUAACGGAGUGUUGAGAGAUGAAUUUUCAGACAGUCGUAUCGGUCGUCGUGGAGCACUUAUAUGCCUAUUUUUCGCUUUCUCAAUGGCAUUUAGUAGUACAAUAGCUGCAUGUUGGAUACUAUUUGGAGGUUAUAUCGCUGUAGAUAAAACACCAGUAUGGCCAGGUGUAGCUAUACUAUUACAAAAUCUACUAAUUUGUAUAUCAUCAAUUUUAUUCAAAUUUGGCAGAAAAGAUCUUAGUGAUUUCUAAUCUGCUCAUUUUAAAAAUAUUAUUGUCACUUGAUUGCUCACUCAUUUAUCGAUUCAUUUAAUAACAUUAUCGUCAUAGUACCAAAUGAACAAUGAAUUCAAUGAAAAAGCAUUUCCUCAUUUCAUUUACUUCUUGAAAAAAAUAUUUUUAUUUUCCAAUGAAAAAAAAUUACUUCAAAUAAAAUGUAAACGUUUUUGUUUUUUGUUGUAACUGUGUGUGUACGUGUGUGCAAUUAUGUGUUUGACAUAAUUAAACUUUAAUACCACAUUUGAGAACAUAUCUAUUGUAUUCAAUUAAACAAUACAUUCAAUACAUACAACAUUCAAUAAUAGUCCUUUUCAUUUUCGGUGGAAAACAUAAAAAUGCCUCUAAAAUAAAAAUAAAAAGUUUUAAAUAGAAGUUAAGUAAUGUAUGUGUCUGUGUGCACAUGUUCUGCUGUUAUUUUAUGAAUGAUUAUUCCACUUACCUUGAAUGGGAUAUUUUUUUCGGCCAAA